AUGGAGAACGGUAUGUUGAGAAGAGUGAGCAGUAUUUUGUACCAGAAUUCCGUUAUAGUUUUUUAUGGUCGAAUACAGUUUGAUAUUAUGCCGAUCAUUGACGAAGCGAGUAUGCAGAAUAUAUUCCAAAUUUAUCAGCAGACUCAGGUGCGACAACCACAGAUUGAGUUGUGUGUUGAGUUUGAGAAUGUAAAGGCAGAUGUGAUUCAAAAUGAUUCAGAUAUAGAGGAUGAUAGAGUUGCAGUGUACGAAGGAAUGAACGGUGACAACGAAGAGGACUUCGAAGCCACUUAUGAAGCCUGCGACGAAGAUGAGGAUGGUGGCGUGGGAGUUGAGCCAGCAACAAAGAAUGUAGUGGUUCCUCCCGCAGUUAGUCAACCGAUGGACGUUCCGCCUUUUAUGCGUAACUUGGACCUUAACGCCAUGCAUGCACCGAAAUUUCCCAAAUAUGCAAAUAUAGGUGUUGCUGAUCUUGAAGACGGGGAGUUUAGGAUCGGAAUAGAAUAUAGCUCUAGAAAGUCUGUCGUCGCAACAAUAAGAAGGUACACUAUCUCUAAAGGAGUCGAUUACAAUGUUUAUGAGUUUGAGCCACAGAUGUUCUAUGCGAAAUGCAAGACGUAUGGGCGUGGGUGCGAUUGGCUUAUCCGAGCCAGCUUGAUACAGAAAAAAGGUUGUUGGGAGAUACGUAGAUACAACGAUAGGCACACGUACACCAUGGGAACGAUUUCACAGGAUCAUUCCAAGUUUGACUCGGACACAGUUGCUGAGGCUAUACGGCUAUUGGUUGAGACCAACCCAUCCAUCAAUGUCAAAUCUAUAAUUGCGAAAGUCCAGUCAAGGUUUAAUUAUACCAUCAGUUACCGAAAGGCUUGGUUGGCAAAGCAGAAGUCCAUAGCCAAAGUUUUCGGUGGUUGGGAGGAUUCUUACCAAGCUUUGCCAUGGUUGCUCUUGGUCAUGGUUCAGAAGAUGCCUGGCUCAAUUGUCCAAAUAGAAACACGACCCCUAUACAACGGGAGUGAGAAGGCGGACGGUGUCAGAAUACUUCACCACGUAUUUUGGAGUUUCAAUUCAUGCAUUAGGGCGUUCAAGCAUUGCAAUCCUCUAAUUCAAGUUGACAGCACACACCUUUACGAAAAAUACAAAAGUACACUUCUGGUUGCUGUUGCACAAGAUGGGAACCAGAACAGUGUGCCUAUUGCUUUUUCUCUGAUGGAGGGGGAGACAGCUGAUGCAUGA